GGAGGAUGGGUUUCUUAGGUCGCCACAGCCGGGUAACAAAGGCAUAUUUUGUGUGGUGACUCUCCCCGCAGCUCUCACCAGCCACAGCACUUUUGGAGGAAUCUGGGGAUGGUGAUGGCAACGAGUUAACGGCCAUUUCUUCCUUCGAUACCGAUCUUCCCAAGCUGCCAUUUUGAGAGAGCUGGAGCCUUCGAAUUACCAGUUGGGAGCCGAUCGCGCCAACCUGGCUUCGACAAUCAAGAUGUUCUUAAUUCCUGGCAAAGCCUUGCUGCUUCUCUCAGCACUCACAAUCCCUCUGGCACACACCUCCUUCGUCUCAUUCCUUCCACAAUGCAUGCAAGACUGUAUCAAUCAAUCCCAAGAUGACAACUGCUCCGUCACAGAUGUAGCCUGUCUCUGUCGAGCCUCGGCCGGUAACUUUCUCCCCGACCUUAUAACCUGUACGCGCGACAGUUGCAAGAGCGACCUCGACAACGACCUCCUCUUGACCCCCUUACAAAUCGUCUGCGAAAUCGCCGGAGCGCCAAUCCCCGAGUCGACGAUUCUGAGUGUGGAGAAUCAGGCGAGCAGUCUUGAUGCUCAGAAGACUACGACUGUUACUGUAGGAGGGGCGUCUGCAACUGGGGGGAGUGAAGCAACGACGACUGUCUCGAUGACGGUUAUAGAAUCGUCGGUUUCUACGAAAAUUGUGACGAAAACUCUGUCUGGGGAAACGAUUUAUGUGGUCUAUCCCAUUACGGUGGGGAGUAAGACUACUGUUUCUGGCAAACCAUCGACAGUCACCUCGAUUUCAAUCAAGGGUACAGGACGGUCUCCUUCUGGGACGGCAUCGGAUUCAGCGUCGAGCACCACGACUCUCAUGACAAGUGUUCAAGCGGCUGAAACGAGCUCUUCUGGCUCAGCUAGGAGGCCGUCGACGGAUCCUGAGGUUACGAAUAGUUCGCCCUUCACGACUACCAACAAUAAUGGAGCGAGCAAGGAAAUUGUUGGCAGCCUGCUGGGUUUUAGUGUCUUCUUGAUGGCUUGUUGCUUCUGGUACUGAUCAGAUAUUAAGGGGGGUGGUUUGAGAUGUGUAUAGGUGUUAUGUUAUUAGCUUGGUAAUAUAAUAUCUGAAUCAAGUCGA